AUGCCUUCGUCAGAAGCCUUAAUUCGCUCACGCGGCGGAAUUAAGGGAAAAUUGACAAGAGUAGAAGGUUUCGUAACUGAUUUUAACCCAGAUACGCAAAACAUAAAUGAACUGGAAACACGCUUAGGUUACUUAGAAGCUGCGUUUAGAGACUUUGAAAAUACGCAAUUACAAAUCGAACUCGUAGCCAAUGAUAAUUCGGAAGAUCAAACCGAAGAACGGGAGAGGUUUGAGUCGCAGUACUUCGCGGUCGUAUUAACUAUCAAAACUGUGAUACAAGAACUAAAUGAGCGUAAAGAUUCGAAGGCAGAAAAACGACAUCAAAUCUUAGAAUCGCUAUAUCAUACUAGCAGACAAACAGCUGUGCUAAAAACGCCGAGCGCAAACUUUGGUCGGGCCCAAAAUUCAAGGUCGAAUAAUUACGCGACUACGUCGACCUCUAAUAAUGCAUUUCUCAAACUUAACGCGGGCGAACGACGUAGAGCCGUGGAUCGAGUAAAUUUAUGCAAAAAUUGCCUGAGGAACAAUCACACAUUAGAGAAUUGCAGAUCAAAUUUAAAAUGCCGAGUCUGUAGUCAGAAUCAUAACACAAUCGACAAUCAAGUAAGUUUGCCGGAACAAUUGGAAACAGAAUCUUUGAAUUCAUAUUCUCAAAUUGAUACAUCUAAAUCGGGAAUUCUCUCUACAGCCAUAAUUUUGAUAAAGGACAAAAACAAUAAGUUUCAUGAAUGUCGUGCGUUUCUAGAUUCGGGUUCAAUGAAUAAUUUCAUAACUUUAAGGAUGUGCAAAAAACUAGGCCUCCCGUGUCAAAAAAUAGAGAUGCAGAUCGGCGGUAUCAAUCAGUCACUUAGCAGCGUGAAUCAUUCAACACAAGUAUCAGUGAAAUCUAGAUAUAACCAAUACAGUCAGAAUAUUAGGUGCUUAGUUUUAAGUAACAUAACAGAAAACCUUCCGAUUAAUCCGAUGGACAUGUCAACCAUAAGUUUUCCUAAAAAAAUAAAGCUUGCCGAUCCAGACUUUGAUCGGCCCGGGCCGAUUGAUCUACUAAUCGGUGCAGAAUUGUUUUUGCCUUUAAUGUGCAUUGGACAAAUUCAUGUUGUCUCGGGGCAACCACAUUUCCAAAAAACCCAGUUGGGAUGGAUUGUUGGGGGAAACUUAAACGCAUCCGGUAAUAAACCUAGAGCCUUGUGUCAUUUUACACGUUCGGAUCAUAAAUUACACGACCAAGUAAGUAAGCUGUUUGAGCUUGAGGACAUUAAAUUGGUCACCGACAAAGUUACUCCGGAAGAACGACAAUGCGAAAUCCAUUUUUCACAAACCAUUAAGCAGGAUGUACAAGAAGGGCGGUUCGUGGCGCGCCUACCUUUCAAGUGCACCCCGUCUGACUUGGAAAAUUCCCAGCAAGGCGCCUUCAAUCGGUUUCGAUUUUCAGAAAAUAAAAUGCAGAGACAAUCGGGUUUUAAGGAGCAGUACUCGGAAUUUAUGGCGGAGUACCAAAAAAUGAACCACAUGGAACUAAUACCGGAUCCGAAUAUAGAUUUAGAAAACUCGUACUACCUGCCCCACCACGCCGUUUCUAAAUUAUCUAGUACGACAGCCAAAUUACGGACGGUUUUUGACGCGUCCUUUAAAACUACGACCUGUAAAAGUCUCAACGAUAAUUUAGUGAUUGGACCGGUAAUUCAAGAAGAUCUUUUUUCUAUCUUGACGAGGAUUCGAAUUCAUCCGUUUGUGGUGACGGCCGACAUCGCGAAAAUGUACAGGCAGAUUCGAAUCGACCCGCGCGACACGGAUUAUCAGCGAAUACUAUGGCGCAAGGAACCCGACGAUGAACUACUGACGUACAGAUUGACCACCUUGACAUACGGUACGAAACCGGCCAGCUUCAUUGCGACCCGUUGUUUGUCUGAGUUAGCCACGCGAAAUCAAGAUCUGUACCCCGCAGCGAAUAGGAUAAUCAAAAGGGAUUUUUACAUGGACGACCUGUUCACGAGUGCCCAAACGGCUUCGGAAUUAAUUACCCUUCGCGAGGAGAUGUCCACGAUCUUAAAAGAGGAAGGUUUCGAAUUACGCAAAUGGGCUUCAAACCUACCAGCCGUGCUUCCGACCGCCGAUAAUAGUCAUGGCUCUUUAGUAAAAUUGGACGAUGGCGAAUUGACAAAAAUCUUGGGUUUACUUUGGGACCCCAAAAUCGAUGUUCUUAGGUACGGCGUAAAACCAAUCAACGUCAAAUCAAAGGUGACCAAACGAAUUAUUUUAUCGACCAUUGCACAGAUAUUCGACCCAUUAGGUCUGAUCGGGGCGGUGAUAUUAAAGGCGAAAUUGAUAUUACAGAAACUAUGGUCGUUAAAGAUCGAAUGGGACGAAUCUGUGCCACAAGAUAUCUACUAUGUGUGGAGUGAAUUUAUUAAGGAAUUGUUGUAUCUUCGCGAAUUACACAUUCCUAGAAGAAUUUCCGAUCUCAACGAGAUAAUUGGUUUUUAA